AUGGCACCGUCUUGGAGCGUCGCGGGAAUAGAGCGUCAUACGCAGGAGGAAACUCACCGUCCGGCUAUGGAUUCUACGGCGCGAUUGAUUGGCGACAGUGGCCAUCUUGGCUGGAUACGACUCAUCCAUGUCUGCUCAAGUUGGAGGUCCGUUGGCUUGAGCAUGGCAUCACUGUGGGGAUAUGUAUUCCCCAUCUUCCCCGAUGACCACAUCAGCGAGACGAUCCUCGCUCUUUCUCGAGAUCAGCCGCUUUCCCUCGACAUGGAUCUCGCCGCACAUAUGCAGCCUUUCUUUUACUCUCCUCCAGAGAUGGUCAAAUUCUUCACAUUGGCCGAAAAACAUCUCUCUCGGGCUCGCAUACUCACGUUUCCUCGUCAUCUGAACAGGAACGUACAGUUCUGGGAUCCGUCCAUCAUGCGUGACGUUCACCUGCCCCAUCUCAAAAUACUGCGACUAUAUGUUGUGCGGGAAAGCGUGCAGCAUGAAUUCACCAUACAAGCCCCGGCUUUGACCCACCUUGUACUCGGCUACUUCGCGCCUUUCGCGAUAGUCCCGUCUCUCACGUAUCUGAAGAUCACAGACGAAGUCACGCGGUACCGGCCAGUCACCUCUCUUCUUGACAUGCUUCGUGCAACACCCCUCCUUGAGGAACUAUCGAUGCAAUGGGUACAUCCUUCAAGAGAACUCCCUUCAGACAUGACGGUGGCGAGUGUGCGUCUCCCCAAGCUUAGUACCGCGCGGUUCAGUGGGCCGCCCAUAUCCUUGAUGCUCGUUAAACACCUCGAACUCCCGCGGGAUGCGGAUCUCACGUUUUGGGCCGGGAACGAUCCUGUCCUUGGGCAAUCGAUAUGGCCUAUCCUCGAUGUACUCGACAUGUUCUCACGCGAACCUUCGAUUAACUACAUGAGUCUCCGCCCAGAUCUGUGUGUCGAUAUCUGUCUGGCAACGUCGAGGGAGCCGGGCGAUGUGCCAGCUCCACGCAUAUCUCUUCGUACGGUCUCCACAACUCUCGGAGAGGAACUAGGCGAGAGUCAUACGGAUCCCAGGGCUACAGCGCGCUUCCUUUCCGAACUCAUCUCUCAUAUGGAACCCGCGAACAUCACCACGUUUCAUGUCAGCCCAUACACGAUGAACAUGUUCGGAUCCUCAGUGUCUGAGGAAGAUCUCAUAGACUCGCAUAUCGCUAUCCUCCAUUGUCUCACGGGCCUGAAGACACUAUCCGUAGGAUGGCUGCCCACGCGCUAUAAGCCCUUCUUUGUCGCAUUGGCACGGCCCAAAGCUAUCGCUUUGGAGCCCUUCGAGCUCGGCACUCUCAUCAUCUUCUCUGAAGACUCACUGUCCGGUUACGACUUCCAUCCGUACACUCCGGAGUUGCUUGUGCCUGCCGUGGAAGGCGUCCGUCGUCGAUGGAACGACAUCUCGAUAAUGCUUGAGAAUCGGUGCAAUGCGGGCAAGCAUCUGAAACACUUGGUGUUGGAAGGUCUGCGCGUCGACGAGGACGAGUUUGGAAGGAUCAACGCAGAAGGACUGCGCCGUGUGGCGGCGUUCGUGGACGAGGUAGUCGACAGGAGGCUUUCCACGACGAUGAACUCAGCGGAACAGAAAUAG